UGGCUCCUGCAAGCCGAGAGGAGGGCGAGGAGGGUCCGGUGUACGACUGUACGUGCGUCAUAUCGUGCGGAGACAGACGGAGACGCGGUCGAUAUUGCAGACGGUGUCGAGAAUGGAGGCCCUGACGUUCGAGAGCCCGCUGGCGUGCUUCAGCCGACUCCAGAAGGCGCAGACUGAACCACUGUCCAAGGAAGAGUUUGCUGUCUUCCUUGGAUCAUUAUUUACAGAUUUUGAGGAUGCAGACCCCGCGGGUGACAAAGAGGAUGUGGUUGAGAAACUCUUCAAGAUAUUUGAUCGAAACCAAGAUGGGAAGCUCGACUUUUCUGAAUUCGAGGCCAUGUGGGAACAGUGGGUAGUUCCCAUGCUCCGUCCCAAAUGCGCAUUUGUUGCCGUUGACGUUCAGAACGACUUCAUCUCUGGGUCGCUGUCCCUCAAGAACAUUCCUGCCGGACGAGACCCCGAAAGCGUUGUUCCGGUGAUCAACGACUUGACCGAACACCUGCCCUUUGAUGUCGUCGUCUAUACCUUCGACUGGCACCCCAAGGACCACAUCUCUUUCUUCGAAAACAAGCACCGCCGGGCCUUCCACCCGAGCAGCAAGGUGAGCGCGCAAGAUGCCAGGGUCCUGGACACUGUAGUCUUCUGUGACCCUUGUUCUGAGUCUGGAUAUGUGGAGCAGACACUCUGGCCGAGCCACUGCGUGCAGGGCAGCUGGGGUGCACAGCUGCACAAGGACCUAAAACUCGCAGACAAGGCCCUGAAGAUCUAUAAAGGCGAGAAGACAGGCGUAGACAGCUAUUCUGCCUUCUGGGAUAACGCAAGGCGCUUCGAGACCUCGCUGCACAGUGAGCUACGUAAGCAUGGCAUCACUACCGUCUUUCUCUGUGGCCUCGCGUACGACAUCUGCGUAGCCUUCACUGCUCUGCAUGCGUUGGAACUUGGCUAUGGCACCAUCCUGGUUGAAAACGCCUCCUCUGGGACGUCAGAGGAAGCGGCGGAAAAGAUGAAGCGCAGGCUGCAGGACCAGCUUUGCCUCUUCGUCGACAGUUCGGGAGUGGCCGACCUAGUGUCUGGGAAGAAGAGGCCUUGGCGGCUCGGUCUCCAGCUGGCGAAAGCCAGUGCUCCGCAAAUGUGCUAAAUCUGGGCAUGUCUUUUGCCACUAGGCACCCUGCUUCGGUUAUAAUUGCAUACUUCUGUCAAUUGUGCCAGGAGCACACUUAGAAAUCUUUCUUGAAGAGCGAGUGUUCAAGGCCAGGGAAAUUUAUACUUAAUGUUGUUAUUGAGGACCAGCAUAAUGUAACAUGUGUCAUAAAGGUUUUGUUGAGGAUAAGGGUUGAUUCCCAAACCCUGACUCUUGGAUGCGGCUCUGUUUGAUUUGUGUUGAAUGUUAAGAUCAGGUGGUGCCACGAGUAUUUUAUGUAUGACUUUGACGAUGUUGCUCCUUCCCGCAUCCACUCCAAAUAAAGUCCCGCAUAUUUAAAAUGCCCCUCAUAUCUUUCCCACUCACAUUCCAAAGAAAAGACUCUUGCGAGACCUUACAACUUGAAAUGCCCCUCGUAAACUUACUUCAAAUU